AUAUUUUAGAAAAGAAAAGAGAAUGAAAAAAGCAUAAACGAAUUGCCAACGCAAGUCCAAAACGGAGAUGGUAAAAGCCAUUCUUGUCUGGACAAAAAAGAUAGAAACUUUUAUGCAAGUACAAGUAGAAAAUAGAGAUGGUAAAACCUGGUAAGUUUUUUGUCUGGAAUAAAAAAGAUACAAGCUUUCAUUAAAGUAGAGAAAAACAUAAAAUCAUAAAACUUUGGAAGAAAAGGAAACUGUGAUUGUGAAAUCGAAUGGCUUAUUGUGUGGGUUUGGGUUUGGGAUUGGUGGCGUCCACAUCUCCUGCCACCGUUCUCUGCAAAUCCACUUCACAACAUGACUCCUAUGCCUCACAUGCCGCUUACAUCCGCCGAGCCGCUGAGCUCGCUGACAUGUCCGCCGGCUUCACUUCCCCCCACCCUAAUUUCGGCUGCCUCAUCGCCACGCCUUCCGGCAGAGUCGCCGGCGAGGGCUUCCUCUAUGCCCAGGGCACUAAACCGGCUGAGGUGCUCGCUGUUGAAGCUGCCGGAGAUAGCUGUCUCGGCUCCACUGCUUAUCUCAAUAUGGAGCCCGGCGAUUGCCACGGCGACCAUGCCGCUGUCUCUGCUCUUGUCCAGGCAGGGAUUAGGAGGGUGGUGGUGGGGAUUAGGCAUCCAUUGAAGCAUCUCAGAGGCAAUGGCAUUAGGGAAUUGAGAAGUCAAGGAUUGCAGGUCGAUGUUCUUGGAGAGGACCUCAAAAGCAAAACCAUUGAGGAAGCUCGAAAAUGUUGCCUGCUUGUGAAUGCUCCUUUGAUCUGUAGAGCUGUUUCACGAGUUCCCUUCUCUGUUCUGAAGUAUGCUAUGACCCUUGAUGGAAAAAUUGCUGCUAGUAGUGGACAUGCAGCGUGGAUAAGUAGCAAAAAGUCUAGAAAUCGAGUAUUUGAAUUGCGGGGUAGAAGUGAUGCCAUUGUUGUUGGAGGAAAUACUGUACGGAAGGACAAUCCUAGGCUAACUGCGAGACAUGGAGGUGGGCAUAUGCCAAUGCGGAUUGUAAUGUCGCAGACUCUUGAUCUGCCUGAGGAAGCAAAUCUUUGGGACAUGUCUGAGGUAUCUACCAUUGUUGUGACACAGAGGGGUGCUAGAAGGAGCUUCCAGAAACUUCUUGCAUCGAAAGGAGUUGAAGUAGUCGAGUUUGACAUCUUAAAUCCUAGAGAUGUUAUGGAGUAUUUUCAUGAUCGUGGAUAUCUAUCAGUUUUGUGGGAGUGUGGGGGGACAUUAGCUGCUUCUGCUAUUUCCUCUGGAGUAAUACACAAGGUUUUUGCAUUUGUUGCUCCUAAAAUUAUAGGUGGCAGAAACGCACCAUCUCCUGUAGGAGAACUUGGGAUGGUUGAGAUGUCUCAAGCCUUAGACUUAAUUGAUGUUUCCUACGAGCAGAUUGGACCUGACAUGCUUAUCAGUGGAUUUCUUCAACCGGUACCUGAUCUGACGCCUGUUAUCCCAUCAGUUGAAGAAACAUAUGCAAUUGAUCCAACUGUCACUCCAUAUGAAUCAAGAAUCAUAUUCUUCUACAAAACAUGGGACCUUUAUGGUGCUUUUUCAAACUUCUCUCCUCAUCCAAUUCAGAUGCCUGAUGACAAUGGUGAUUAUGCCACUUGGUUGAGUGUUGAGCAUUACUACCAGGCUCACAAAUUUUUCGGGGUGAAUGAUCCUGUGGCUCAAGAUUGUGUUGAAAACAUAAAGUCCGCAAAAAGUCCAGAGGAGGCAGCACGAAUAGGAAGGUCAAUGCAGAGGAAGCACCCUGAUCUGGUAAGAUCCGAUUGGGAAACUGUCAAGAUUGAUGUUAUGUAUAGAGCAUUGAAAUGCAAGUUCUCAAUAUACCCGCAUUUGAAUUCCAUGUUGCUGUCAACCACCGGUUCUGUUCUUGUAGAAGCCUCACCGCAUGAUCUGUUCUGGGGUGGUGGCCGGGAUGGAGAAGGCUUAAACUAUUUAGGCCGGCUCUUGAUGCAGUUGAGAUCGGAGUUUCUUGGCGAGUCCUCUACGACAAGUGAAAACUCUUUCUUAGCUGUAUGAUAUAUAUGCCUAUGUGUGUGUGGAAAUUAAAAUUAGCAGUCUUAGGUAGCCAAGUUGAUAAUGCUGAUGUAUUUAUUCUUUCUGUAACAUUAUAAAGAUUAGAAUUUCUGUAUGACAAAUCUUUUUGCGGUCA